GCUGUAGGUGGGUUCGGGAGCCCAGCGAGGGAGGGGAGGAGGCUAGGGCCGGACGGCAGAUGGGUGGGGGAGAGAGGGAGGCGGGGCUCGGGGCCCGAGAGGCAGUCCUUAGACAGCUCUUCCCAUGCCCGGCAGUUUGCGGCAUCUGGAGGAGCUCUCUGGAGAAUCUCCAACCUCAGAGCGAGCCUUCUACUACCAUUCUACUACGUUUUAAGAAGCAAAGCCUUCAAGACUUGGAAUACUACACCAGAGGGCCUCCAGGCCUGGACAGGCCACAGCCUAAGCCAUGAUGCUUCGGACCUUCACUCUUUUGCUCCUUUGCAUUUGGCUCAAUCCGGGUAUGACUUCACUGGUGGAGUCUCAACCAGAGCUAUGGAUAGAGUCCAACUACCCCCAGGCCCCUUGGGAGAACAUCACACUCUGGUGCAAAAGCCCCUCUCGGGUAUCCAGCAAGUUCCUGCUUCUGAAGGAUAACUCACAGAUGACCUGGAUUCGUCCUCCUUACAAGACAUUCCAAGUUUCAUUCUUCAUAGGUGCCCUUACUGAGUCCAAUACAGGUCUUUAUCGAUGCUGCUACUGGAAGGAGAAAGGCUGGUCAAAACCCAGUAAAAUUCUAGAGCUAGAAGCACCAGGCCAACUCCCUAAACCCAUCUUCUGGAUCCAGGCAGAGACCCCCCCUCUUCCUGGAUGCAAUGUUAACAUCUUCUGCCAUGGAUGGCUCCAGGAUUUGGUAUUUAUGCUGUUUAAAGAGGGAUACACAGAGCCCGUAGAUUACCAAGUCCCAACUGGGACAAUGGCCAUCUUCUCCAUUGAUAACUUGGCACCCGAGAAUGAAGGGGUUUACAUCUGCCGCACUCAUAUCCAGAUGCUCCCCACUCUGUGGUCAGAGCCCAGCAAUCCCCUGAAGUUGGUGGUAGCAGGUCUCUACCCCAAACCAACUCUGACAGCCCAUCCUGGGCCCAUCCUGGCACCCGGAGAAAGCCUGAGUCUCAGGUGUCAAGGGCCAAUAUAUGGAAUGACGUUUGCUUUAAUGAGGUUGGAAGACUUGAAGAAAUCAUUUUACCACAAGAAGCCAAUAAAAAAUGAGGCAUAUUUCUACUUCCAGGAUCUGAAGAUACAGGAUACAGGGCACUACCUCUGUUUUUACUAUGAUGGGUCAUACAGGGGCUCUCUGCUUAGUGAUAUCCUGAAAAUCUGGGUGACUGACACUUUCCCUAAGACCUGGCUACUUGUUCAGCCCAGUCCUGUGAUUCAAAUGGGUCAGAACGUGAGCCUGAGGUGUGGAGGACUGAUGGAUGGAGUGGGUCUUGCACUCUACAAGAAGGGAGAAGAAAAGCCCCUUCAGUUUCUGGAUGCCUCCAGCAACACUGGCAACAAUUCAUUCUUCCUAAAGAAUGUGACCUACAGGGAUGCUGGCAUCUAUAGCUGUCACUAUUAUCUUACUUGGAAGACAUCCAUUAAGAUGGCAACAUACAACACUGUGGAGCUGAUGGUUGUAGAUAAGCCCCCCAAACCCUCCCUUUCAGCUUGGCCCAGUUCCGUGUUCAAAGUAGGAAAGACCAUCACCCUUCAGUGCCGAGUGUCUCAUCCAGUGCUUGAAUUUUCUUUGGAAUGGGAAGAAAGAACAACAUUCCAAAAAUUCUCAGUAGAUGGAGACUUCCUCAUCACUGACAUUGAAGGGCAAGGCACAGGAACCUACAGUUGCAGCUAUCGUAUUGAGGCACACCCUAACACCUGGUCACAUCGCAGUAAGCCUCUGAAGUUGGUGGGACCAGCAGGCUUCCUCACCUGGAAUUCCAUUCUGAAUGAAGCUGUCAGGGUGUCCUUAACCAUGCAGCUUGCUUCCUUGCUCUUGCUAGUGGUAUGGAUCCGGUGGAAGUGUCGGAGACUGAGGCUCAGAGAAGCCUGGUUGUUGGGAACAGCUCAAGGGGUCGCCAUGCUCUUCAUACUCAUGGCCCUUCUUUGCUGUGGACUGUGCAAUGGGGCAUUGACAGAGGAGAUUGAAAUAGUCAUGCCAACCCCUAAGCCUGAACUGUGGGCAGAGACGAACUUCCCUCUGGCCCCGUGGAAGAACUUAACCCUCUGGUGCAGAAGCCCAUCUGGCUCAACUAAGGAGUUUGUGUUACUGAAGGACGGGACCGGGUGGAUUGCAACCCGCCCGGCCUCAGAGCAGGUCCGGGCUGCCUUCCCUCUUGGCGCCCUGACCCACAGCCACACCGGGAGUUACCAUUGCCAUUCAUGGGAGGAGAUGGCUGUGUCGGAGCCUAGUGAAGCGCUUGAACUAGUGGGGACAGACAUCCUUCCCAAACCUGUCAUUUCGGCUUCCCUUCCAAUCCGGGGCCAGGAACUGCAGAUCCGCUGUAAAGGAUGGCUGGAAGGUUUGGGGUUUGCUCUGUAUAAGAAGGGAGAGCAGGAACCUGUCCAGCAACUUGGUGCUGUUGGGAGAGAAGCCUUCUUUACAAUUCAAAGAAUGGAGGAUAAAGAUGAGGGCAAUUACAGCUGCCGCACACACACUGAAAUGCAGCCCUUCAAGUGGUCUGAGCCCAGUGAGCCCCUGGAGCUUGUCAUAAAAGAAAUGUACCCCAAGCCUUUCUUCAAGACCUGGGCUAGCCCUGUGGUCACUCCUGGUUCCCGAGUGACUUUCAAUUGUUCCACCUCCCAUGAACACAUGAGCUUUAUUCUUUAUAAGGAUGGCAAUGAAAUUGCAUCCAGUGACCUAGCCUGGGGAAACCCAGGAGGCAGUACAGCCCACUUUCUGAUCAUUUCAGUGGGCAUUGGUGAUGGAGGAAACUAUAGCUGUCGUUAUUAUGACUUUUCCAUCUGGUCUGAGCCCAGCAACCCUGUGGAGCUCGUUGUGACAGAAUUCUACCCUAAACCCACACUCCUGGCACAGCCAGGCCCUGUGGUGCUUCCUGGGAAGAAUGUGACCCUGCGCUGCCAAGGAAUUUUCCAGGGCAUGAGGUUUGCCCUCUUGCAGGAGGGUACUCAUACCCCUUUACAGUUCCAAAGUACCUCGGGGACCUCAGCUGACUUCCUCCUCCACACUGUUGGAGCACAGGACUUUGGGAACUACAGCUGUGUCUACUAUGAGACAACCAUGUCGAACAGGGGCUCAUCCCUUAGCACCCCUCUUAUGAUCUGGGUGACUGAUACAUUCCCCAGACCAUGGUUGUCUGCUGAGCCUAGUUCUGUGGUCACCAUGGGGCAGAAUGUUACUCUAUGGUGUCAAGGACCAGUCCGUGGAGUUGGGUACAUUCUGCACAAAGAAGGAGAAGCCACUUCGAUGCAGCUUUGGGGGUCCACUAGCAAUGAAGGAGCAUUCCCUAUCAUCAAUAUAUCUGGUGCUAGCAUAGGACGUUAUAGCUGCUGUUACCACCCUGACUGGAUGAGCCCUAUCAAGAUACAGCCUAGCAACACUCUGGAACUCAUAGUCACUGGUUUACUCCCUAAGCCCAGCCUGUUAGUCCAGCCUGGUCCCAUGGUAGCCCCUGGAGAAAACGUGACUCUUCAAUGUCAAGGAGAACUGCCAGAUUCAACAUUUGUCCUGUUGAAGGAGGGGACGCGACAGCCCUUAGAACAACAGAGGCCAAGUGGGUACAGAGCUGACUUCUGGAUGCCAGUGGUGAGGGAUCAAGAUUCUGGUGUUUACAGCUGUGUUUAUUAUCUGGAUUCUGCUCCCCUUGUGGCUUCGAAUCACAGCAACUCUCUAGAGAUCUGGGUGACUGAUAAGCCCCCUAAACCCUCUCUGUCAGCCUGGCCCAGCACCAUCUUCAAACUAGGCAAGGACAUCACCCUUCAGUGCCGAGGACCCCUGCCAGGAGUUGAAUUUGUGCUAGAGCAUGAUGGAGAAGAGGCUCCACAACAGUUUUCCGAGGAUGGAGAUUUUGUCAUCGACAACUUGGAAGGGAAAGGCAUUGGAAACUACAGUUGCAGCUACCGGCUGCAGGCCUACCCUGAUAUCUGGUCAGAGCCCAGCGAUACCCUGGAGCUGGUUGGAGCUGCAGGGCCUGUUGCUCAAGAGUGCACUGUGGGUAACAUUGUCCGAAGUACCCUGAUUGUGGUGGUUGUGGUAGCCUUGGGGAUAGUGCUAGCCGUAGAGUGGAAGAAGUGGCCUCGACUUCGGACUAGGGGCUCUGAGACAGAUGGAAGAGAUCAGACCGUAGUCCUUGAAGAGUGUAACCAAGAAGGAGAACCAGGCACUACCACCAAUUCUCCUUCAUCUGCCUCGCAAGAAGUCUCAGUGGAACUGACAGUUCCAAUAUAAUUACCCUCUCCUUUAUAAGAGCUUUCCUCUUUUAUCUUUUACCUGUAGAGACCUGAAAAUCCCACUUGUUUACCCUAGAAUUCAGUGGCAUUUACUGCUUCUUGAUCUCUAACCACUUGAGUUGGGUCAAGAGGAUUCUGGGCGUGGCAAGCUCUACAGGUCAAGCUGUUUCCUCUAUCCUGGUAACUCCUCACUGUACUGAUUUACUGGUGCAUGCAAUUCUGUUAAAAAAUGUAUUCUUCUGAAUAAAGAGAAUAUUCACUAUUUAACUGCAAACCAAA